AUGCCGCCCUCGAAGCCGCUGCCCUGCAGCGAUGAGUUUGCGACGCCCGAGGCCUACGUCGCGGAGCUGCUCGCCUUCACCUCGACGAGCGACACGUGGCAGAUUCUGUGCGGCGCCGUGCACGUCGUCGACUUCUUCAUCACCGAGCCGGGUCUCUUUUACGCGACGCUGCCGGCCGAGUGGCACGCCUUCCUGCUCUCGCAAGACGUGAUGGCGCUGCUCGACUUCUUCGUCCGCGACGACCCCGACACGGCCACCUUUGCCGACGGGCAGACGCCGCCGGCAAGCCUCGUCGCCUACAUCAAGACGAUUCGGCGGCUGGCGCUGCGGCGCGAGGUCACGCCGGCGGCGGCCGCGGGGGACGAGGCACUGCCGCCGCUCACGCGCACCGUGUCGGUGGGCAUGAGCCCGAAAAAGGUGCACGAGGUCAAGCGCUUCGCCGACUACGUGACGCGGCUGUCGUCGGACGUGUGCGGCGGGGGCGCUGACGGCGAGGAGGUGACGCGGCUGUCGUCGGACGUGUGCGGCGGGGGCGCUGACGGCGAGGAGGUGACGCACUUUGUCGACUUUGGCAGCGGCCAAAACUACCUGGGCCGGGCGCUGGCGAGCGAGCCGUACAACCGGCGCGUCGUGGCCGUCGAGGGCCGGCAGCGAAACGUCGACGCGGCCAAGAGCUACGACACGCAGUCCGGGCUGGCGCGCAAGCCGACGGUCCGGCGCAACAAGAAGGUGUGGAACGAGAUCCUCGCGGUGGCGGGCCCGCACAAGAGCGACCCGGCGGCGCUGGCGGCCGCCGUCCGGCAAGUGGCGGGCGACGACGGGGACAACUUCCGCAAGAUUGGCAGCGACGAGCUGUCAUACACGGCCGAGGCGCCGCUGCAGUACGUUUCCGGGCGGCUCGACAACGGGGACCUGUCCGAGGUGAUUGCGCAGAUUGACGGCGGCGAGGAGGAGAAGCGCCGGCUCAAGCUCAUGGCCAUGUCCAUCCACUCGUGCGGCAACCUGUCGCACUACGGCAUCCGCUCGCUCGUGCUCAACCCGGAGAUCCACGCCGUCGCCAUUGUCGGGUGCUGCUACAACCUGGUGACGGAGAAGCUCGGGCCGCCGACGCACAAGCACGGCCACCAUCUGCGGCCGACGCUGCAGGCCGUCAACGGGCGCGUCGUGCACGAGUCGGCGCGGCACGACCCGCAGGGCUUCCCGAUGAGCGCGCGGCUGUCGACGUACGGCGGGCACGGGGUGCGGGCCAACAUCACGGCGCGGAUGAUGGCGUGCCAGGCGCCGCAGAACUGGACGGCCUCUGACAGCGCGCUCUUCUUCACGCGGCACUUUUACCGGGCGGUGCUGCAAAAGAUUUUUCUGGACCGCGGGGCGGUGCACGAGGUGCUCUUCGACCCGGGCGCGGACCCGGGCGCGGACCCGGCCACGCUCGGCCCGUUGCAGAAGAGCACGUCGCCGCUCGCGAUUGGCACGCUGCCGAAGCGGAGCUACCACGGCGGGCUGCCGGCGUACGUGCGCGCGGCGGUGACGAAGCUGACGACGAGCAGCGAGUACAAGAAGCACGCGCAGGUGAUGCGGGACACCAUGGCGGACAUGAGCGACGAGGACGUCGAGGCGUACUUGGCGCGGUUCGAGCCGCGCAAGAAGGAGCUGUGCAUCGUGUGGAGCCUCAUGGCGUACAGCGCGACGCUGGUCGAGGCGCUGAUGGUGACGGAUCGCUGGCUCUGGCUCACGGAGCAGGACGAGGUCAGGCAGGCAUGGGUCGAGACGGUGUUUGACUUUGGGCAGAGUCCGCGCAACCUGGUGGUUGUGGGCGUGAAGAAGGAUGGUACAGAGACGGAGGGCAAGUAG